GGCAUAGGCUCCUUCAUGUACCCGGGUUUGUGGGCCGUGGGGACCCUUCAUAGCACGGCGACCUUGUCCAUACAGAGGGUAAUCAUGGUUUGUAUGAGCUCCGGCUCAUGCACCGUCUCAAUAUUUUCCAGUCCUGCUAUGGCCACUCUGGCUAAGCAGGCCAUCUUUUUUUUCGACUUUUAUAGGUCCUAACCCUAACCCUAAUAUAUUACAUAUAUAGUAAUAUACUUUGUCAUCUCAGUUGAAUUCUUAACCGCUCGAGUACCAGCAAGUGAUGCCAGAUGACCUCAUACAAUCCUGAGCCCCAGACACUGAGCUCACAUGCGCCAGAUUCACCGCGCUCUUCCCAAUCGCCCCCACCUUCUGGUGUCCAGGGUGAUUUGGAAUUAGAACUUCUCGGGCUCGCAAAUGCUUUAUACAACCUCGGAACCACUGUCAUCAACGACUCUACUAAAGAUCGCGAUAGACCAGGUGGUGCGAAGCUGGUCGGCCUUGGGGCAAAUGAGGUCGUCAAUCACCUCAUGUCCAUCGAUAACAGAGCACAAGAUAUUCAGACCAUGAUACCUUUUCAAGUUUUGUCUGAUAUCGACAACGCACGCAACCCCAUGCAGUUGACCAAAGAGCGUCUAGAACGAGCAGCUACUGAGAAUCAAUUCAUGAACGGAAAGAUAGCAGCUAUUGACUCCUACCGCAAGCUUCUGAACGAGGCGUUAGCAUCGAACUUCCCAGAGACAGCCAAAUAUCUCCAUCCUAAUCAGGAUGGCAUCAAGAUGGAGUUAUAGGCCCAGCCCUGUCCCCUACAAUCUCGCCAUUGUCGCAUAACUACAUCUCUUCAAUGACUCAAUGUCACUUACAUAAAGAGGGGCGCGCGCUCGGAUCAAUUUCCCAACUAUCCUCUCGUAGA